GUGGAUGGGAUGGGAUGGGGCGCUCCUGCCACCUGCCACAAGUUCAGAACGGCCCGCCACAUUAUUCUCCUGCAAAGCUAGGUAACGUAUUAACCUGUGGUAGUACCAACAGUCGUCGUCAGUCGCGCGGGUGGAGCUGAAGCACGGCAGGGCAGCGCCGUUAGGGCUCACGAGUAUUCGAAGCGGGCGCACUGAGCGGGCGGUGUAGCCCGCGACCCGCGGCGAUGGUGACAUCAGUGCCGGCGUCGAUGCUCAUAGCCGAGGUCGCGUCGCACUCGCACGCGCACACCAACUCGCAUCCCCUCCCUCGCGCGCCCUCCCGCAGCACGCGGCCAUGGCACGCCGCGCUGCCGCACUCCAAGUCGGCCCACGACGACGCCACCGCCGCCCACGCGGCGGAGCGCCGCCAGUCGCGCCUCGACUUCCAGACGGAGCGGCACGACUCGGCGUCGGAGCGGCGGCUGGAGGGCGAGUCGCUGAACCAGCGCAUGCUGGACGGCCGCGGGGACGCCGCCGACCACUCGAGCGAGGCGCGCGUCAACGCGUCCGGCAGCUGCUCGUCGCCGUCGUCGCUCGACGCGCUCCCCGUGUCGCCCCUUCCCUUCGACGCGCUGCAUCGCUCCGCGCUGUUUGGGCAGCGGGGGUGGGCGAGGCGGUGGCGGUCCGCCAAGGACCUGAGGGGCGCGGAUGCGGACGACAGGGCAGGCGACGCGGGCUUGGGUGUCAGCCGCAGUGUGAGCCUCACCCUUGAGAAUGGCGCGUCUCCUGCUGCCACGCCGCUGAAAGCACGCCAGCUGUUCCCAUGGGCGAAAAAAAGCGCCUCGUCCAGCGCGCUAGUGCUGGGUCGUGGGGACGGCAGUAGCAGCCGCGGCAGCAGCAGCGGCAGCAGCAGCAGCAGGCGGCGGGUUGGGUUGAAGAAGGUGAAGGCGCGGGCGGCCUUGCAGGAGUACAUGAACGCGCCCAUGCCGCCCAGGCCCUCGCAGCGACGCGACAGCGAACCACCCGACGCGGAUCGCAUGGGCACGCGGCGGUGGUGGCAGCAACAGCCGUGCGUGGUGCUGUUCUGGUGGGCGGUGGCGGCGGCGCGGCACGUGCGCAUCCCCAUCAUCCACCCGUACUCGCGCUUCAGACGAGACGUCAACCUCGUGGUGGGCGCGUGCAUCGCGUACAACAUAUGGGAGGUGCUGUACAUGGUGGCGUUCGACCUGCGCGCCACGGGCGUGUGGCUCAUCCUCGACUCCUGCCUCUCUGUCGUCUACCUCGCCGACGUCCUCCUCGGCUUCAAAACCGGGUACCUGACGAGGGAGAAGCACAUUGUGGCGGAGGGCGGCAUCAAGGUGCUGCUGCCACAGCAGAUCGUCAUGGACCAGCGGCGCAUCAUCUGGCACUACCUGCGGUCGUGGUUCCUGGUGGACUUGCUCUCCUCGCUGCCCAUCGACCUCAUCACCUCCUCCCUCGCCCAGUCCAACGUCGGCUUCUGGCUCUCCGCCGCGCUACGGCUGCUGAAGUUGCUGCGGCUGCGGCGGCUGGGGCAGGCGACGCAGCAGCUGAGGCAGUCAGCGAUAGCGGGGCUCUACAUGGAGAUGAGCAUCCUGGUGCUGCAGAUCUGCAUGGUGUGCCACGUGGGCGCGUGUGCGUUCGCCCUGAUAGGUCGCCUGGAGUCGCCCCCUGAGUCGUGGCUGGCGGCGUUCUAUUGGAGCAACGGGGGCAGCCAGGAGACGCUGGAGAGUGCGCCGCACGGCGUCGUGUACGCCGCCGCCUACUACUGGGCCAUGGUCACCUUCGCCUCCGUGGGGUACGGCGACAUCCACCCGGUGGACACCCUGGCGGAGCGCGUGUUUGCGACGGUGUACAUCCUGGUGACGUCCAUCCUGCUGGGCUACGCCAUCGGCCAGAUCUCCUCGCUCAUCUACGCCAGCCGCGCGCACCGGGAGUCCGUGCGCCAGCGUUGCAACACUCUGCACAAGUUCAUCGAGAAGGAGGAGAUUCCCGAUUGGCUCGCCAACCGAUUGAUGGUGAGCCUGACGGGCAAGUGGCAGUCGGAGCUGUCUCAGCGCUUCCACGAGGGUGAUCUCGUCGACGCGCUCACUGACGAUCUGCGCGCCGAUCUCUUUGUGCACUGGUGGCAGCGCCAUGUGCUGCCCAGCCCCAUAUUCCCGCACAGCCCCUCGUUCCUGGCGCAUGUGUUCCCGUGCCUGAUCGUGCGCCGCGUGGCCCCCGCGGACGUGAUAGCGAGCGAGGGCGAGUUCAGCCGCCACGUGUAUGUGGUGCGCUCGGGCACCGUGGACGUCACGCGCAUCGUGGAUGGGCAGCCUGGCGCGCCGGGGGGCAUCGACGCCGAUGGAACUGGUGCCCUGCUGAGCUGGCGGGCCAUGAGGCUGAUGUGGAAGGGCGUGCGAUGGAGAUGGGUGCAGAGGAGGUGCAGCUACCAGCAUCGGUGGUGAGAGCGCUGCAGCAGCACGGGGGG